UCUGGAGCCGCGGCUCACUGGACUUUCCAGAAUCAGACCAGACAUCUCUGAAAAGUUCAGCUGCAUCAACUGACGAAAACCAAGACAUGAAGCCGGUUCCGCUCCUGCUGCUCCUCUCCUCGGUCUUCCUCUCGUCACACCCCCGCCCCGCCGCCGGCAGACCGCGCUCUCUCCCCGGCUGGCUGGACGGCACCAGCCGCCUGCAGACGCAGCAGGUGGACGAUGUUCUUCGCAGGGCGACCCCGGACAUGGUGGGCGACCAAAUGCUGCGGCUGCUCCAGCGGAGGGACCCCGGCCUCCUCCACCUGCUGCUGCCGGAAGAUGAGGAGGCGCUGGAGGACGAGGCACUGAGGACCGCGGUGCAGCUGCUGAAGCGCAACGAGCAGCCGCCGCUCUCCAUCGACCUGAACUUCCACCUGCUGAGGAAUAUGAUCCAGAUGGCCAAGGAGGAGAAACAACGGAAGCAGGCUGAGUUCAACCGCAAGGUGCUCGAUGAGGUGGGGAAGUGAAGCUUCCCGAGGAUUCAUCCAUCCAGAAUCCAAAACCUCUGAUGAUGCGCCUGCCUUCACCACUGGCAACAUUUUACGCACACAUGGUUCCAUUUUACGCAUGUGUUUUUUGUUUGUUUUUAUUCAAGAGCAGUGACUGAAAACACGGAACAGGACUCCUCACUCCCAUCAAUCCCCGCUGAACUGAACUGCAGUGGAUCUGCUUGUAAAGUGGAAAACCUCCUGAUUGUUUUCAAUGUUGUUGUAGGAGCUAUUUCUACAUUUUCAGUUUAAUCUUUAUUUGCUUAUUUUCUAGUCGAUUUAUAAAUAGAAUUUUUGUUUUAUUUGUUAUUUAAAAUAAGUUUUUUGGUGAGCAGUUCAUUUGAUUUGAUUCAUUUCAGUUUGGAUGUGUCACAGUAUAAAUAGGUCAUUAUGCACGUGGUGGUCAUGUGGUUUCAGUCUUUCUGGUCAGUCAGUCAAUCUAUCAGCUCAUAACUUGUUUUGCCUGAACUGGAAUAAAAACAAACAAAGAACCGCAUUUUGACUCUUUUUGAUUUUUUUGAACUUUGUAAACCAGAAUCCACGAUGCAUCAGGUGACUAUUUGAGUUAGAUUCACUUUUUGUUUUGAUCAUUUUGAAAUCUUAAGUUUUUUGAUUUUUGAAUUUUGGUGUUGGACAAAUAGUCACUACAAUCAAGUAAAAAACCUGAACCUCGGCCUUGGAGUUUAAAUCAAAGAUCUCAAUGCUGGAUGGCUGCGUAAAGUUUGGAGGAUCCAUCUCCUGUUCUUUGGACGCCGGUAGCGGGAGGAAACGGCCAUAAAGGCGCGUCACUCACCUCCAAGCUCCAAACGUCUUUCUGCAGUGACAGCUGUGUGUGCGAUAAUCGCUGAAGGAAAACGACCAAACGAGAGGACUUUGAUGAUCAACGUUACAUUACAGGUUCGUCAACAUGAAGAUGGGUUAAAGCGCUGCGCCUUUACGCACAGCCAGCGGGUUUAAAAGAAAAGGAAAGUUACAAACAGCAACGACAAAACUGCAAGCAGGUCAAAGUGUUUCGCUAAAAUGUCUGAUGUGUUGAAAGCUUGGAAGUUUCAUCCAAACGAAGUAUUAAUAAACUGACUGAGAAAGGCUCGAUGUCCUAGUCAAAACGUGCCAAGAUAAAAGAAACGCUAAACUGAAGCAAGCAAGACGAAUAAUGGAUGAUUGAAAUGUUUUGCUGACUCGGUGAAUUCUCUUCUUGCUGUUCAGUUUCUCAGGAUGCAGAAAUGUCUCAUAAAAGCUUCAGUUUCCCACCUCACUCUGUAAACUCAUGAAACAAAACGAGCAUUUUCAGAAUAAAAUGAGUUUGAGUUCAUUGAGCUUGUCAGGUUAUGUGAACAGGUAAAGCCCUUUGUGCAGCCAAGUGCAGAUGAUUAUGACCAAGUCAAAAAUGAUGUUGAUGACGCAAUAAAUCCUGAAGACAAUG